CAUGCGCACCAGCAGUCUGAACUGUUGCUCGGUAACUACCGGGAAUUAGCGGCUUUUCUCCACCAAAUUUGAACCACCGUCGCUACCGGAUGAAUUAAAAACCCGCAUAGAUGUGUUCACCGAGAGGAGUUCAAUUCUUGUUCUCCUGAAUUAGCAAAUCUCCGAGGAUGGGUCUUAAAUGAGGGCAUCCGUCCCAGAUGUAGCCGAACGGACCUGCCACGUCUCCUCGACUCACCUGCACACGUGUGAUAGACCCUGAUGAUGAUUAUGAUGAUGCCUCGAGAUAUGACGUCAUGGAGGAAUACACCUGGACAGAUACAAGGUUGCCAGUAAAGGGUUGAUUGGACUCCUCUCCUCUUCAUACACUCCAGCAAUGGGAAGGAUUAGCAUUUCCUGCCUGUUUCCAGCAUCCUGGCACUUCAGCCUGUCUCCGGUGGUUCUACCCCGGUUCCUGUUGCCCUCCUUCAGGCAGCUGCUUCUGCUGGGUCUGCUGGCAGGCGUGAUGGGACUGCUGUACCUGCUGCUGGUCACAGGAAAGGGCCAGUACAGCUGGUUAAGAGAGGACAGGCGCAUCCACACACGUUUGGGUCGGGUUCCUGACAUGGAGGCCACGGACACCAAUAACCCCAACCUGAACUAUGGGCUGGUGGUGGACUGUGGCAGCAGUGGCUCCCGUGUGUUUGUGUACACCUGGCCGCGGCACAACGGCAACCUGCACGAGCUCUUGGACAUCAAGCAGAUGCGGGACAAGCACAGGAAGCCUGUAGUGAUGAAGAUCAAACCAGGUAUUUCAGAGUACGCCUCCACUCCAGAUAAGGCCAGCGACUACAUCAGCCCUCUGUUGAGCUUUGCUGCUCAGCACAUCCCUAAAGACAAGCACCAGGAGACGCCUCUGUACAUCCUCUGCACCGCUGGAAUGAGAGUCCUGCCUGAGAGCCAGCAGGAGGCCCUUCUGGAGGAUUUGAGGACUGACAUUCCUGUCAAUUUCAACUUCCUGUUCUCUGACUCCCAUGUGGAAGUUAUCUCAGGCAAACAGGAAGGAGUAUAUGCAUGGAUAGGCAUCAAUUUUGUCUUGGGCCGAUUUAAUCAUGUUGAGGAUGUGUACCCAUCUUCUGAUCCAGCAGGACAACACGCCAUGUCAUAA